AUGGGAGUAAGGGUGAUAGGUGGUGGUUGUUACAAAAUAGAAGAGAGUUUUGCAGGGCCAAGCGGAGGUCGUGACGACGAGGAGAGAGAAAAGGAGGAGAGGGAGAAUCGAGUUAGAACAGUCGCCGGAGAGGCCGCCGAAACAGUCGCCGGAGAGGCCGCUGGAGUGAUCGCCGGAACAGUCGUCGGAAUUGUAGCUGAAGAGCCAGACAAGAAUUAUUUCUCUCUUAGAUGGCUUAUACCGAAGAUCAUAAAUGCCCUCUGGGAGCUAAUAAGAAGCUUUAUUAUUCCAUAUAUAGGAGGAGCAGACUACGAAGAAGGUGGUUUUCUUCAAUUACUUAGGGUGAUCGGCUUGUUAACUGCAGGAUUACCAGCUCAUUGUCCCCAAGAUUAUGUUAAUGCUACUAGGUUGGGACCAUUGGAUGUUUAUCUUAAUUAA